GCGCGCGCCGCCGCGGGAAAGCCGCGGAGACUGAGCACUUUUCUCGGGUCCGAGGGGCGCCCCGCGGGGCGCACGGUGCCAGGACCGCAGCCGGGCACGCCGCGGCGCCGGGGCCCCUCUCGGAGAUGGAGCCCGGGCUGCCCGAAGCGUGAGGCGCCGCCGCCGGGUCUGGAGAGGGGGCCACAGGGUCUGGAGACCCCGGGCGCGGACGGAGCCCUCCCCCAGCCCCGCCUCCGGGGCACCCGCUUCGGCUCCAUUGUUCCCGCCCGGACUGGAGGCACCGGGCGCCGGGCGCCGCCGGGAGUCGAGAGCCGGCCGCGGGGCUGUCGCGGCCCCGCCAGGAGCCCGGGGGCGGCGGCCGGAGCGAGGGACGCGGGCGCCCGCCCGCCCGAUCGAGCCACGGCGGACUCUCCAGAGGCGGAACCGCAGCGCCGAGUGAGAGUCAGCUUGAAAAGGAGGUUCAAGCUCAGGGCGGAGUCUCCAUGGAGGUGUGGAGCUUGGUCACCAACCUCUAACUGCAGAACUGGGAUGUGGAGCUGGAAGUGCCUCCUCUUCUGGGCUGUGCUGGUCACAGCCACACUCUGCACUGCCAGGCCAGCCCCGACCUUGCCUGAACACGCCCAGCCCUGGGGAGCCCCUGUGGAAGUGGAGUCCUUCCUGGUCCACCCUGGUGACCUGCUGCAGCUCCGCUGUCGGCUGCGGGACGAUGUCCAGAGCAUCAACUGGCUGCGGGACGGGGUGCAGCUGGUGGAAAGCAACCGUACCCGCAUCACAGGGGAGGAGGUGGAGGUGCGGGAUUCUGUGCCCGCUGACUCCGGCCUCUACGCUUGCGUGACCAGCAGCCCCUCGGGCAGCGACACCACCUACUUCUCCGUCAAUGUCUCAGAUGCUCUCCCCUCCUCGGAGGACGACGAUGACGAUGACGACUCCUCUUCAGAGGAGAAAGAGACAGACAACACCAAACCAAACCGUAUGCCCGUGGCUCCGUACUGGACGUCUCCAGAAAAAAUGGAAAAGAAACUGCAUGCAGUACCAGCUGCCAAAACAGUAAAGUUCAAAUGCCCUUCCAGUGGGACUCCUAACCCCACCCUGCGCUGGUUGAAAAAUGGCAAAGAAUUCAAACCUGACCACAGGAUUGGAGGCUACAAGGUCCGUUAUGCCACCUGGAGCAUCAUCAUGGACUCCGUGGUGCCUUCUGAUAAGGGCAACUACACCUGCAUUGUGGAAAACGAGUAUGGCAGCAUUAACCACACCUACCAGCUUGACGUUGUGGAGCGGUCCCCUCACCGGCCCAUCCUGCAGGCAGGGUUGCCUGCCAACAAGACCGUGGCCCUGGGCAGUAAUGUGGAGUUCAUGUGUAAGGUGUACAGUGACCCACAGCCCCACAUCCAGUGGCUAAAGCACAUCGAGGUGAAUGGGAGUAAGAUUGGUCCGGACAACCUGCCUUAUGUCCAGAUCUUGAAGACUGCCGGAGUUAAUACCACCGACAAAGAGAUGGAAGUGCUUCACUUAAGGAAUGUCUCCUUUGAGGACGCGGGGGAGUAUACGUGCUUGGCGGGUAACUCUAUCGGACUCUCCCAUCACUCUGCAUGGUUGACCGUUCUGGAAGCCCUGGAAGAGAGACCCGCAGUGAUGACCUCGCCCCUGUACCUGGAGAUCAUCAUCUACUGCACGGGGGCCUUCCUCAUCUCCUGCAUGGUGGGGUCUGUCAUCAUCUACAAGAUGAAGAGUGGCACCAAGAAGAGCGACUUCCAUAGCCAGAUGGCCGUGCAUAAGCUUGCCAAGAGCAUUCCUCUGCGCAGACAGGUAACAGUGUCGGCUGACUCCAGCGCAUCCAUGAACUCUGGGGUUCUGCUCGUGCGGCCCUCACGCCUCUCCUCCAGCGGAACCCCCAUGCUGGCUGGGGUCUCUGAGUAUGAGCUUCCCGAAGACCCUCGCUGGGAGCUGCCUCGAGACAGACUGGUUCUAGGCAAACCCCUGGGAGAGGGCUGCUUUGGGCAGGUGGUGUUGGCAGAGGCCAUUGGCCUGGACAAGGACAAACCCAACCGUGUGACCAAAGUGGCUGUGAAGAUGUUGAAGUCGGAUGCAACAGAGAAAGACCUGUCUGACCUGAUCUCAGAAAUGGAGAUGAUGAAGAUGAUCGGGAAGCACAAGAACAUCAUCAACCUGCUGGGGGCCUGCACGCAGGAUGGUCCUUUGUACGUCAUCGUGGAGUAUGCCUCCAAGGGCAACCUCCGCGAGUAUCUGCAGGCCCGGAGGCCUCCUGGGCUGGAAUACUGUUACAACCCCAGCCACAACCCCGAGGAGCAGCUCUCCUCCAAGGACCUGGUAUCCUGCGCCUACCAGGUGGCCCGAGGCAUGGAGUAUCUCGCCUCCAAGAAGUGCAUACACCGAGACCUGGCUGCCAGGAAUGUCCUGGUGACGGAGGACAAUGUGAUGAAGAUCGCGGACUUUGGCCUCGCUCGGGACAUUCACCACAUCGACUACUAUAAAAAGACAACCAAUGGCCGACUGCCUGUGAAGUGGAUGGCACCCGAGGCAUUGUUUGACCGGAUCUACACCCACCAGAGUGAUGUGUGGUCUUUUGGGGUGCUCCUGUGGGAAAUCUUCACUCUGGGAGGCUCCCCAUAUCCUGGCGUGCCUGUGGAGGAGCUGUUCAAGCUGCUGAAGGAGGGUCAUCGUAUGGACAAGCCCAGCAACUGCACCAACGAGCUGUACAUGAUGAUGCGGGAUUGUUGGCACGCGGUACCCUCUCAGAGGCCUACCUUCAAGCAGCUGGUAGAAGACCUGGACCGCAUUGUGGCCUUGACCUCCAACCAGGAGUAUCUGGACCUGUCCAUGCCCCUGGACCAAUACUCUCCCAGCUUUCCCGACACCCGAAGCUCUACCUGCUCCUCGGGGGAAGAUUCUGUCUUCUCUCAUGAGCCGUUGCCUGAGGAGCCCUGUCUGCCCCGACACCCAGCCCAGCUUGCCAAUGGCGGACUCAAACGACGCUGACUAGCACCCCAGCACUGCCCUCCCCAAACUCCAUCAUCAGCUGUAACUCACCCAUCACUCCCCACAGGAUUCACUGCCUCCCCUUUGCCCCUUCCCUGCUGGCGGGAGCCAGCUGCCUACCUGAGGCCUUCACCCCACUGAGUUCGCCUCUCUUCCUCCUCCUCCUCUCAACCUGCUUAUGAGAGAGAGGAGUAGGGAGGCUGGUACUUGCUGAUGGCCACUCCGUUCCCUCCCCAAUGGUGGACCAAGACCCCUCCCCGCCACCUGGCACUGCCUAGAGGGGUGGGGGUGGGAGGUAAGCGUGCUGAGCAGGCAGGUUGGCGAGAGCUGACGGAGCUUUCUCGUGUUGGUUUUGUCUGCUUCACCGCCACCCAUAAGCCCUUGUGUUCCGGUAGCAGGUGCCUCGGCCUCAAGGCUACAGUAGUAGGGAGGGGAAGUCUCUGCUUCGGGCCUCGGUUGAAGGCAACCUCUGCUCCAGAGAGAUGGUGCCAUUGGCUUAUUAAUUCUGAUACUAAUUUGCUUUGCUGACCAAACACUUGGUACCAGAGGACAGGGAGGCGAAGGCUGGGAGCAGUGCCGUGGCCCUGGGGCCCAGCCCCAACUGGGGGCUUUGUACAUAGCUAUGAAGAAAACACAAAGUGUAUAAAUCUGAGUAUAUAUUUACAUGUCUUUUUAAAAGGGUUGUUACCAGAGAUUUACCCACUGGGUAAGAUGCUCCUGGUGGCUGGGAGACAUCAGUUGCUAUAUAUUAAAAACAAAGAAAAAAGAAAAAAAAAGGAAAAUGUUUUUUAAAAGGUCAUAUAUUUUUUGCUACUUUUGCUGUUUUAUUUUUUUAAAUUAUGUUCUAAACCUAUUUUCAGUUUAGGUCCCUUAAAUAAAAAUUGCUGCUGCUUCAUUUUUAUAUGGGCUGUGUGACAAGGGAGAGAAUGUCAACCGAAAAGGAGCAAAAAUGAUGGGCCCUGGUCUGUGUCUGUCCGGAAGGCCCUGCACAUUCCCUGCAGUUUCCCCCUAACCUCUUCCUUUUAGGUCCCGGCCUGAGACCUCCAGACAGAACGCCCACCUCUUGGAUGCUUUUGGAAAGGCAGGAAAAGAAGACAUCUGCGUAGUGAGCAGGAACCUCCUGCCAGUGCACCAGAGGUGCCUGGGCCAAAGCCAAGACCACCCCCCCUGCAGCCCUCAACCACAAAUUGUUUCCUCAGGGGAAACUGGUGGGGUCGGGCAGGUCAGAGGGUCAGAGAGGGAGCUGGGAGCCUCUCUCAGAAUAGCCAAGGCGUAGAACUAAAGAGGUGGAGGAAAGCUAAGGAUGAUUCCGACAGGGGCGUGCAGAAACUCAGACCCAGAUUUGCAUCUACGCCCUCUGUGUGCGUGUGGUUUUGCUUGUGCUGCUGUGGAAGGAGAAGCUUGUCACCUAGGACGAGGUCUACAUUAAAGUCCCUUGCUUCAUGUUUUCCAGCCUGCUCUGUGUUUGUGAUCCUCCCCCACACCAGUCCCCACGUGAUCAAACUGCAUGCGUUGGGACUAUCACAGAUCUUGGCUUCCUAUAGUUCUUCCUGUACAAACCCCACCCCCUCCCUCAGGAAGGAAAAAAUGCUCUAAAUGUUUAUGACAGCUUGGAAAUUCACGUCCUCUGCCACCUGCUGGUCGUCUCUGCACUUGCCAAGUGUGUCCUGGCUCCUCCGAGCUCCGUGCUCAACCUGCUCCUGUGGAGUCUAGCCAGCGGUUCUCAACCUGUGGGUCGCGACCCCUUUGGCGGUCGAACGGCCCUUUCACGAGGGUCUCCUAAGACCAUCCUGCAUAUCAGAUAUUUACAUUAUGAUUCAUAACAGUAGCAACAUUACAGUUAUGAAGUAGCAACGAAAAUAACUUUAUGGUUGGGUCACAACAUGAGGAACUGUAUUUAAAGGGCCAGAAGGUUGAGAACCACUGCGUCUAGACCGAAAGCUUGCUUUUUUUGCCGUACGGCUGAAUACAGAAGAAAGUUCACUGUGCUUUCAUUUCUGUAGAGAAAAUGGGAUUGCUGCCCUAUGUUCCUUUCUGAGCUAGCUGGGGGUUUUUUGGCAGCUGCAAUGUUGGCUACAAUUGUAAAUUAGUUCUCUUUCCUUGUGUCUCUGUAAAUAUGCAACUGUCAAUCUAUUACAGUUUGUGUUUAUGUUUAAUGAAGGCAUAAUUUGGUGAACAGAGCCAGGAAAUGAAUUUUAGCUCUUAAAAACAUUUGCUUUCAGACCUUCUAGUGGUAUCUUUCCUUGUAAAAUAGGGAUGAUCAUUUCUGCCUUGGUCCUUGAAGCAAUGUUGUGAGAAUGGAUGAUCUAUGAAGGGCUUUAUAUCCCUUUGGGAGAGGUGCUAGAGAAAUAUAUAAGGCACUAUUAUAA